UCAAAGAUAGAUGGGAAGGUUGGUUAAUUGAAUGACGCCAUUUUGUAUGUGAAGGGCAUUGAGCCGUUGAUACCGGGAGAAAGGAGUGGAUAGAAAACGCGAUUUCCUGUUCUUAAGUGGAUACAUAUUCAGGUGGAAAAGGAAUCUACCUGUGCUCAUCUAGUUAGAAAGGUACUUGGCCAAGCAAUAAUGGCAGGACAUGAUUCUGGAACACAACACCAAUUUACAGGAUUUAAGAAAUACUUCAAUAGCUAUACAUUAGUAGGCAGAAGAAAUUAUGUGCUACUUACAUAUGGAAGCAUUCUAAUGAUCAUCCUGGGAUUUAAAAUGAGGAAACCUAAGAAGGAAGUUUCACAAAAAUAAGUUCUUGUUGGACCUUCUCUGUUGUAUUGCUGUCUAUGAGUUGCAGAAGCUGAUGCAUAGUUCAGUAAAUCAUGAAAAAUGACUAAAUUUGCCUUUAGUAUCAAUCAAUGAGUGAAAACUCUCCAAAUUCCUGGUGUAUAUUAUUAAGAAGUCCUCUCAAUCUGUAUUUGCCCAUAAAUGAGGGUACAAUUUUAAGCACUGCAGUAAACCAUCUGCUCCAGAAUAAAAAACUGGCUCUUGUUAACAUGAAAGCAAGAUCACAUCUAUGCCUUAACAGUUUUGAGCAAUGAUUUAUUUCACUGAAAGUAUUGUCAGCUAUUCUGCCUUUCUAAACAAACAGAACAGUCAAGGCAGCCACUAAAUAUAGACAGAAAAUAAGCUAAAAUAGCACAAUUAAAAUAAAACAAAGAAUUCCUUUAGGAAUGCCUGCUUAAAAAGAUGUGUCUUAAGGUUUUUUUUUCUGAAGAUCCUAGUAUAUGGACAAAUUUAUAAUGAGAACGAUAAUCUGUUAGAUGGUAGACUAUACGCCUUUUAGGGCUUGAAAUGUUAAAAUAGUAACUUUUGGCCUGUGAGGUUUUGUGUGUAUCUGUGUGUACACAUACUGUACAUACACAUGCCCUACUGCUUUUUCCAUCCACCAUACCCUGUGGACAGACUUUUCUACAAGUGAAGGGAGAUAUCAAAAACAAAGCAAAUGUUAAGAAAAUACAAUUCUGUAGAUCUUUUCUGUACUAAUAAAAAUGGGAUUUGUAGUA